UCUUCCUGAUAUCUCUGCGGAGAUUAACGACUCUGCUUCUCUGAAUUUUUUUUCGUCAAGGUCCCAUGGUUUGGUAAGUUGUUUUUAGUUGAGAUUCCUCCUGAUUGCAGUUUUGAAAUUGAAAACAAAAGUUUUUCCUCCUUUCCGAUUUCUCCCAGUUGCAAUUUGGAAGUACGAAACAAAAUUACAAAUUACAAAUCCCUAGGUCAUCCGAUUCCCUUGAAGCGACUAUGCUAUUGUCUUCAGUGUGGAUAGAACUGAAUUGUAAGGUUUUUUUUUGAUGAUUUUUGUGUAUGUAGUUUUAAUUCAAAUCCCUUUUUUUUUUUCUUUCGAGAAUAACCUGGUCCAUGCAAGGUCUACGGCGAGCUGUAGAGCGGACACAAGCUACAGCACAAGCAACCAUGCGAGCCAUCUCUUCUCUGUCAUACUCAUUAUUCAGCUUUGUAUCGAGAAGGGUGAGAAGGUUUACACCACUAAGGAAGAUAGAAGUUCUUUCAAACAUUGAGUUCUUUUUUGAGUUCUUGCUAACACCAACAGUGAACUCUCUGAUGUGGUUGGCCAAAUCUGCUUUGUUCAAGGAUCUAACCUCAAUGAUUCAACUUCCACUCAGCGUUUGGUAGUACGAUACCGGAUGGAUACGUCUGUUAUUGUAUACUUAUCACUAUGGGAUGAUGUUGCUGCUACAUUCCAUGCACAUCUCAGCUCUAGCGAUACCAUGAAUUCUGUCAUGCUGGUUACUACCGUAAACCCAAAGAUGUUUGGAGGUAACCUUUAUCUGAACUCCACAACCGCAACAAGGUUUUUUUUUGAUACCGACAUUCAGCCAAUCCAGCAGUUUUCCAACAGGAUGGGAAUAAAAAGUGAAGAGGCUUUUACACGGGCAGAUACAUCAGCUGGAAUGCGUAAAAAAGAAUUGGUUUCCAUUCAUGAGCUUCAUGAAUUUAUUUCUAAAUCUCAUGAACAGACACAAGAUGCAGAUUUCCUCUGCAAUGCUAAGGUCUUAGGCGUUGUACGAAAGAAUGGCUGGUCUUAUGUGUCAUGUACUGGGUGUAGUCGAAAAUUGGAUAAGGUUGGAAAUGCUCUACGCUGCAACAAAUGUGUUUCACCCACUGUCACAGGAGUUGUAAGGUAUCGAGUUGAACUUGCUGUGGAGGAUGGUCAUGACCGGGCAACAUUUAUUGUAUUUGAUGAUGAAAUGACUAAGCUCAUCACCAAAACUGCAGCUACUCUCAUCCUCGAAGAUGGUGAUGGAGGCAACAAAGAUGAAAUACCAAGCUGUAUUGAAGACCUGAAUGGCAAGCAAUUUCUUUUCCAAAUCAAAGUGACCCCAUUCAACUUCACUUCUAGCCACAGAACUUUCACAGUUUCUAAACUCAGUGAAUCUACAACAGAUGUUGGACAGUCUGCUACUACCAUAGAAGGACCCACAUUCAACGUUAAGGUGGAUAAUUCUGCAAGUUCCAACAUUGUUCAAACUCUCGACAACAAAUUGGACGAAUCAACAAACUCUAACAUGGGUAUGUCUGAGAAGAAGCGUAAACGUGGAUGUGAGUAGGGCUUUGAUAACCAGCAAUCCAUCAUUCCCAAUGUUUUUAACUUUUCUUCUCUAUCUUAUGCUUAAGAACUCAUGUUUUUUCUAUUUUCAAUUUUGGGCAAUUUUCUUUUAAAAGCACAAUGUUUUUAUCUUUUGUUUUCUAUUAUGAAGGGAAUGAGUACCGGUUAUUAAAACAAUGUCUACUUUUAAUAUAAAUACGGAUGCAGCUUCUUUA